AUGUGGACCUCACUGUCCUUGAUAUCAAUCCUAUCCAGUGUCCAUUUCACCUUGUGUGACACUCAAGCCAAUGGAGUAUUUGAGCCGUACGAUCUGCUUUUUGAUAACGCGGUGGAGGCGUAUUAUAAGCAGGACUGGCUGGCUGUGAUCCUGAACAUGGAAAGGGCUUUGCGGAAUAAAGCAGCGCUGCGUAAAAUCCAGACGGACUGCCGCUUAUCCUGCGCGGAUCACACCGCUUUCGGGGACCCUUUCCCAGGUGUGGGUGUCCCGAUCCCAGGAACCGGGGCCGUGGAGGAUUUAGCGUUUUUCCAGAGGAUUCUCAAACGGGCCGAUUGUGUGGAUGCAUGUGAACGCGAGAAAAUGGGACCACCGACACUCCAUAAAGUUAGUGAGACUAUAGAGCUGGAGUUCAAGAAGAGGACGCCUUACAAUUACCUGCAAGUAGCUUACUUUAAGAUAAACAAGCUUGACAAGGCAGUUGCAGCAGCAAAUACAUUUUUCAUAGCAAACCCUGACCACGUAGAGAUGAAACAGAAUUUAGAGUACUACAUGAUGAUGGCCGGGGUGCAAGAGACAGAUUUCAAGGACCUGGAGGAGAGACCGCACAUGGCUGAAUUUUUAGAGGGCAAGAUUCAUUACAGUGCAGAAGAUUUUGCCCCAGCCAUUGAGCACUUUGAAGCUGCUGUUGAAGAAUAUUUCACUGCUUAUGAAGAAUGCAGAGUUCUUUGCGAAGGAGCCUUCAAUUAUGAUGGUUACAAUUACAUGGAGUACAACGCCGAUCUCUUUCAAUCUAUGACAGAUCAUUACCUUCACGUUCUGAACUGCAAACAGCACUGCGCUGUGGAUCUGGCAUCCACCGCUGGAAGAGAGAAGCCUUUUGAAGAUUUCCUCCCAUCGCACUUUAACUAUCUUCAGUUCUCAUACUAUAACAGUGAGAAAUACGAGCAGGCCAUUGAGUGUGCUAAAACAUACCUGCUCUUCCACCCUGAGGAUGCGGUUAUGGCUCAGAACCUGGCGUACUACUCCGCUGUGCUGGGAGACGACAAAGCCGUCAACAUUACAGCCAGAGAGGUUGUUAAGCAGCACAUUAAGAGGUCUUUGCUGGAAAAAGAGCUUCUUUACUUUGGCUAUGAGAUGUUUGGUAAAACAUUUGUUGAUCCAGACACAUGGACCCCUGAGGACAUCAUACCUAAGAAACUAAGAGACAAACAAAAGGCGGACAAAGAAACAGCUGCGAGGAUUACAGAGGAGAUCAGUAACCUUAUGAAAGAGAUCGAGACACUUGUAGAAGAGAAGAGUAAAGACUCAUCAGACCUGGUCAAGAUGGUAAAAGAUGAUAUCAAUCCAGCACCUACUCAAGAAACUGCCAACAAACUCCCGGAAACCCUGACAUCCUCAUCUCUGAACGGUUCCCAGCGGAUCGUCCUGGAUGCUGUAAUCACAUCCGACGAGUGUCAGGAGCUUCAUCGCCUCUCAAGUGAAGCAGCUAUUCAAGAUGCUUUUAAAGCAACACCCUCCCCUCAUUCGGCGAGUGAGAUGUUUCAGGAUAUUAUGGUUCUCAAAGCUCUACAGGAGGGUCUGGUUCCCUUGAAGAGUGCACGUUUGUUGUCCGACCUCAGUGAGAAAAUUCGAAAGGUUCUGGAAUCCAACUUUGGUCUGGAAUCGCCUCUGUAUUUCUCUAGCUCAAACCUGGUCUGCCGAUCUGCCAUCGAGAAACAGGAGGAGCGCGCAGACUGUCUGCUCAUCUCAGAGCUCAACGACUGUAUCAAAGAUCCAUCAGCAUACAGCGAUCAAGGCUACAGUGCCAUUUUGUACCUCAAUGACAACUUUGAAGGAGGAGAUUUAAUCUUCACUGAGUCAGAUGCCAAAACAGUCUCUUCUGUAGUGAAGCCUCGGUGUGGUAAAGUCGUGGGAUUCAGAGCUGGACAGGAGACCCUUCAUAGAAUGAUGGCAGUAACCAAAGGACAGAGGUGUGCUGUAGUGCUUCGGUUCACUCUGGAUCCUCUUCACAAUGAAAAGGAACGUUUACAGGCUGAAGAACUUCUGAAAAAGUUUUCCAGCCCACUUGAAGCUGAUGUCCAGAGAACAGGAAUGAACAGUGAAGCGAAACCCUCUGAACCUGAAGGAACAGUUUCUACUAAGACAACUGAAAAAGACACAGUAAAGACAAGCACAUCUGCAGAACAACCUUCCACAGCUACAGAGGAUAAGAAAACUGACAGCAAAGUGGUGAAGAAAAGUGAAAAACCAAAGGAAAAAACAUCAAAAAAGCCAGCAAAAAAAGAAACCCAAACAAAAGCUAAAGCAGACAAAACAAAGAGCAAAGAGUCAGACAAAACAAAAAACACCACAGCUGAGAAAAAGAAAUCAAAAACAGCUAACAAGACAAAACCUGUAACAUCAGACAAAAAGAAGAAAACAAGCAAAACAACUGUUAAAAAUACUGCAGAUGACAAGAAAACAAAGCCAACGACCACAGAACCUAAAGACUCUAUAGCUGAAAAUCACAAGGUUGAGUUAUGAGCCUCAUGCAGACUAGCUUCUGUGUUUUAUUCUUUCUUUUUUCUUUUUUAAUAAGUGAUGGAGGACUGCUGAUGGAUCUGUGUUUUUGUAAAAAAAAAAAGACUCUGAAAUACAGUUGUGAAAUUUUGUGCUCCUUGAUGGCAGCUUUCAGAGAUUACAUUUGCCACUUUGCAUUCCCACAAUAACUAAAUAAAAGCGACAUGUUUUUAAAUUAUAA